AUGGCAAUGCAUCAAUUAAAAGAUCGUAGUACAAUGUACAAAGCAAGAAAAAAUAGAGAAUUAAUGGAAUUACAAGACAGUCACGAAAAUAAACUUUUAACAAUGUUAACAGCUCCGCUAAGGAUUGGGGAUUGUGCUGGUGGACAUAGACUAGAAAAUAGAGGGAAAAACAGGGAUGUUAUGGUUGUACCUCCAGACCAUGCCCGUCCAUAUUUACAAACUUUGCAUGGAGAAAGCAAAGAUUAUACAUAUAUAAAUGCUGUUGAGGUUGAUGGUUUUACACGUAAAGCUGAGUUUAUUGUUACUGAAUGGCCAAAGCAACAAACAUUAGACUCUUUUUGGACGCUUGUUUUUGAUCACAAUGUCCACACAGUUAUUUGUUUAACUAAUCAACCAACUGAUACGAAGGCAAAGAAAGAGAGAAUUUAA